UAGAUGGAUAAAGGAAAUCUGUCUGUUGUGUCAGAAUUUGUGCUUCUGGGACUUUGCAAAUCAUGGACUAUGCAGGUCUUAUUCUUUUUGAUAUUUCUUAUUAUUUACCUGAUGAUUGUAUUUGGAAAUAUUGCCAUUGUUCUGUUAAUAAUCAUGGACUCCCAUCUUCAUUCCCCCAUGUACUUCCUGUUGGCAAAUCUGUCCUUUGUUGAUACGUUCCUUUGUUCAAUCACAACUCCAAAGCUGAUCACAGACUUUCUCAGGGAAAAGAAGACGAUUUCGUUUGGAGGCUGCAUGUGUCAGAUUCUAUUUGUGCAUCUUGCUGGAGGGACUGAGAUGGUGUUAUUGGUGGUAAUGGCCUAUGACCGUUAUGUAGCCAUCUGUAAGCCACUCCAUUAUUCAACUAUUAUGAGUCUUCAAAAGUGCAUUGGGUUGGUGGCAACUUCCUGGACCAUUGGUUUUGUGCAUGCCAUGAGCCAAAUGGUUGUGAUUGUUCAGCUGCCUUUCUGUGGCCCUAAGGAAAUAGACAGCUUCUUCUGUGAUAUACCAUUGGUAAUCAAACUUGCCUGCAUCGAUUCCUACAACUUGGGAAUAUUAAUGAAUGCUGACAGUGGUAUUCUCGCUACGACCUGCUUUAUACUAUUGCUGAUAUCAUAUACAUAUAUUCUUCAAACUGUCCACCAAAACUCUAAAACUGGCUCAUCCAAGGCACUCUCUACCUGCACUGCCCAUAUUACAGUGGUAGUGCUCUUCUUUGGACCCUGCCUCUUCAUCUAUGUGUGGCCACUCAACGUUACUUGGAUAGACAAAUUCCUUGUUGUAUUUUACUCUGUUUUUACCCCUCUCCUAAAUCCAACCAUUUACACACUGAGAAAUAAGGAGAUGCAAAAUGCUAUGAAGAGAUUCAGAAGCUACUCCAUUCAUUCAAAGGGAAAUAUGUAG